AUGGGUAAUUUGUUCGAAACAACACCAAUAUCUACCAUCAACGAAAUCGAACAAUCUACAUUGAAUUCUACUCAACCAAACGAUCCGAUCGACUAUGGCGAAACUAGCACAAGAAAUCAAAGCUAUGGAGAAGAUCAAGCAAAUCGUCAUAGAGAUCAAGUUGAAGAGGAUUCAAUCAGUAUCAACGGAGAUGAACCUGGCAGAAUGAAUCAAGAUUAUAUUUAUACUUCUCACAAAGAAAGAGGGAAUAAUGAAAAUGUGAACGAAUUGUUUAUGGACAACAACGAAGUCAGAAGUAUUUAUGAGGGUCAUGAUAUCAUUCCUGCCGAAACAAGUAACAACAACCAAGAAGACUGCAAUAUUCAAUCAGACGAUUAUUCUUAUGAUUAUUUAAUACAAAGCGGAGGAAGUCUCGAAGACGACGAUGGACUCUUAUACAAUGUUCCCGUUAUCCCUGAACUGGAAACACGUGAUAUUCCAAUGGAUCAACUUGACAUCAGAUAA